AUUCUCCUGAAUUAUUUUGGAAACUAUGUACCUAAUGCAUGGACACAAGACAAUGGCUGCACUCUUUGUGAAGUGGAUACAAUUGACUUGUCUGCAGUAGAUGUUCACCCAAAUGUAACAAUAGGUGUUUUUAUUGAGCAACCAACCCCUUUCCUACCUCGAUUUCUGGACAUAUUGUUGACACUGGAUUACCCAAGAGAAGCAGUUAAGCUCUUUAUUCAUAACAAAGAAGUUUAUCAUGAAAAGGACAUCAAGGUGUUUUUUGAUAAAGCUAAGCAUGAAAUCACUACUAUGAAAAUUGUAGGACCGGAAGAAAAUCUAAGUCAAGCCGAAGCCAGAAACAUGGGAAUGGAUUUUUGCCGUCAGGAUGAAAACUGUGAUUAUUACUUUAGUGUGGAUGCAGAUGUUGUUUUGACAAAUCCAAGGACUUUAAAAAUUUUGAUUGAACAAAACAGAAAGAUCAUUGCUCCUCUUGUAACUCGUCAUGGAAAGCUGUGGUCUAACUUCUGGGGGGCCUUGAGUCCUGAUGGAUACUACGCUCGAUCUGAAGAUUAUGUGGAUAUUGUUCAAGGGAAUAGAGUAGGGAUAUGGAAUGUCCCAUACAUGGCUAACGUGUACUUAAUUAAAGGAAAGACACUCCGAUCAGAGAUGAAUGAAAGGAACUAUUUUGUUCGUGAUAAAUUGGAUCCUGAUAUGGCUCUUUGCCGAAAUGCUAGAGAAAUGACUUUACAAAGGGAAAAAGACUCCCCUACUCCGGAAACAUUCCAAAUGCUCAGGCCCCCAAAGGGUGUGUUUAUGUACAUUUCUAAUAGACAUGAAUUUGGAAGACUAUUAUCAACUGCUAAUUAUAAUAUUUCCCAUUAUAACAAUGACCUCUGGCAGAUUUUUGAAAAUCCUGUGGACUGGAAGGAAAAGUAUAUAAACCGAGAUUAUUCGAAGAUUUUCACUGAAAAUAUAGUUGAACAGCCUUGUCCAGAUGUUUUUUGGUUUCCUAUAUUUUCUGAAAAAGCCUGCGAUGAAUUGGUGGAAGAAAUGGAGCAUUAUGGCCAGUGGUCUGGGGGAAAACAUCAUGAUAGCCGUAUAUCUGGUGGUUAUGAAAAUGUCCCAACUGAUGAUAUCCACAUGAAGCAAAUUGGUCUGGAGAAUGUAUGGCUUCAUUUUAUCCGGGAAUUUAUUGCGCCUGUUACGCUGAAGGUCUUUGCAGGCUAUUAUACUAAGGGGUUUGCACUAUUGAAUUUCGUAGUAAAAUACUCGCCUGAAAGACAACGCUCUCUUCGCCCUCAUCAUGACGCUUCUACAUUUACCAUCAACAUUGCACUCAAUAAUGUGGGAGAAGAUUUUCAGGGAGGUGGAUGCAAAUUUCUAAGGUACAAUUGCUCUAUUGAGUCACCAAGAAAAGGCUGGAGUUUCAUGCAUCCAGGGAGACUCACGCAUUUGCAUGAAGGACUUCCUGUUAAAAAUGGAACGAGAUACAUCGCUGUGUCAUUUAUAGAUCCCUAAAUUAUUUACUUUUCAUUGAAUUCAGUUUUCUUUUGGAAUGGAUGCCUGGCAUGAACAUGUCUUUGAAGUUGUGCUUGAGAUGAUGAGAAGAAUAUUUAAAUAACUUCCACAGAACAACUUCACUUUGGGCCAAACGUUUGAAAAACUUUUUAUAAAAAAUUGAUAUUUCUUAAUAUCUGCUCUGAGCCUUAAAACACAGAUUGAAGAAGAAGAAAAAGGAAAAAAAAAUGUAAAAGCAAAUAUUUAUUUCUAUGCCUUAUUGUCUCUGAGAAUAAUAACAAUUUUCUGAAUUUGUGUUUCAGUUGAUAAAGUAUUCAGGUACAGAUGAACAAGUGACAAAUGAGACUAAUAAUAUUUUCUUAUUAAAAGGCUGGGAAGAGUUUUAUUUAUCAACAUGUAGACAAAAUGGAUAAAAAUGAAAAUUUCAAAAAUUUUAAUUUUUGAAGUGCUGAAGAACUGGAGUUCUAACUGAAUUUGAAUGCAACUAAUUGUGUGAGUGCUUUUUUGACCUCCUAUAUAGGUACCUUUUACAGUAGUUACUGAAGGAAUACAAAGA